AUGGCCUCCAGCAUCAAUCAAUCCGAGCUCCACAGCGUGGUAGCCUUGGUGAAAACACUGACGAAUGCGCAACUCAAGGAUAUCCUGAGGCAUGAGGGGCUGGCUGUGUCGGGGCUGAAGGCUGCACUACAGCUUCGGAUCAUUGACUUCAUCGAACGACUCAGCCAAGGAGGGCAGAUCGAACGAUUCGACAAUCUGAGGAAAUUCAUAUACGCCGUCGCAAAUCGUCUACCGCCGAGUCCCUCUUCAACAACACUAUCUCCGUCAAUUCCUAGUCCCCAAUAUCCCACACCGUCAGCCUCUCAUCCCAUGCACCAACAUCGACCAUCACCAUUGGGCGUUCCGUUGUCUUCGCCCGGAUUCACACCAAUGCGUGAGCAAACGAGAGACAGCGUGGAGCUCAAAGUUAUACUUGAUACAGACACUGCGACUCGGAUGCAGACGGACCCUCACCUCCUUGUGAUGGUUUACUGCGCCGCAGAUAACGGAUUAAACCAGUUUACAAACUCCGAUGUUGCUUUUCCGCAUCAAGUUGAACUAAAAGUUAAUCUUGAUGAGGUCAAGACGAAUCUUCGAGGGUUGAAGAAUAAACCCGGCACCACCAGACCGGCAGAUAUCACAAAGUACAUUCGCAAGAAGCCGGGGUAUCCAAACCAUAUCGUCUUGACUUAUGCUUUGACCCAAAAGAGGUUCUUCGUUCUUGCGAAUCUUGUCCGACAACAUCCCGUCCGGGAGCUUGUGAACGAAUUGAAGCAACGAAAGGUCAUUUCGAAGGAACAGGUCAUCCGGGAAAUGAAAAGCAAGGCAGAUGACUCAGAUAUUGUCACUACAUCUAGUGUUAUGUCCCUCAAAUGUCCUAUAUCCGCCUGCCGAAUCGAGGUCCCGUGUCGCUCGGUAGUAUGCACGCACAAUCGAUGCUUUGACGCGUCGUCUUUUCUGCAGUUGCAAGAGCAAGCGCCAACCUGGACUUGCCCCGUUUGCUCUAAAUCGACGAGUUAUGCGUCGUUACAGGUUGACCAGUACGUCGAUGAUAUACUUCGUUCGACACCGUCCGAUGUGGAACAAGUGAUCAUCGAACCCGACGGACGAUGGUCGACGGUCAAAACAGACGAUGACGGCGGCGGCGCUGGUGGAGCGACCCCCGCUUCGGAGGAUGACGACUUGGUGGAAAUUCAAGAACCUGGAGCAACACCUAUAAAACAAGAGUCUUUCUCCACCCCGAGCUUGAUGGUUCAGCGCACACCUGCCCAGUCACGAGAGCCUUCAACGACAUCAUCCGCUGCAUAUAUGUCCACCAACAAACGACCUGCGUCUCAAGUGAUAGACCUCACCGGGAGUGACGAAGACGACGAUGACGAUGACCUACCUGUACGACCCGCAAAACGACCCGCACUGAAUGCAAUGAAUCGGCCUGUCCACCGGCCGGAAUUCCGCACCACGUAUGGCACUGGCGGCCUCUCGAACGGGAGCAGUAUGCCUUAUAUGGGCCAAAAUGGGUCAGAUUCGCCGAGUCUCAAUGGUGGCUACGACGCGUAG